AUGCUCAUAGUUGGCACGACCCUGAUGGCCGAGCAAAACCUCUCCACGCUCGACCAUGUCCUCUCGAGUCGCCCAACACACCAUCCCAUCUCAUUCCAUCUGCAUCUCACCAUCCCACCUCACCACACUUGCAUUCCAUACUCCACCAUCCACUGCAUAACCAUUCUUCAAAACCAAAUCAGCAAAGACUGGUCCAGACGGCUUCAAACCGAGAACGCGUCCAGACCGCGGAACGGCCGACCGAGGAACAUCGUACCACGAGCGGCGUCCGGACACACCGUCAUCCGCCCUGAACGCACGGCCGAGCUCACGUACCGACCCGGGAAGCAUCAACCCGCGGUCGACCAUCCGAAGUCUCGACUUAGGCCGCGCACGACCGCACCGCGCGAACAGGGAGGCAUCGCCUCACGACCGUGCGCACAACCGUGCCACACGCACGACCCAUCCGUCCGAUCAGGAAGGCUCGUCUCACGUCCGGCCGAACCUUCGACCAAAUCAUCCGUCCGGCCGAACCCGACGAACGAACGAAAAUCUCUCGGCCACGAUCGACCCGACCGUGCCGAUAGCCGAUCACACCCGAUAGCCGGCCGAACGUCCCGACCGACCUCCGAACGGUCCGGUCGACCCGAAGCCGUUUUUGAAGCCCGUUUCACACGUUUCAAGCCCAAUUACAUGGCCGACUUAUUAGACCUAGGUCUAGCCGCUCUUCAACUUAGAGCAAUAUAA